UCCCGCCCCGCGGCUCGGCGCUGACCUUGGUGCCGUCGCGGAAGUCGGGCAGCGGCCCGGUGCCCUCCCGCAGCACCUCCUUGUGCACGCCGUCCGCCCGCAGCUGCUCCGCCAUCGUCCGCCGCCUCCGCCGCCCUUCGGCCGCUUCCGGAGAGCGAAGGCUGCGCCACAGCGCCCCCUGGCGGCGGGAGGUGCGCGCGGCUCCUCCCAGCGGGAAGGUCCGGCCCCGCGUUGCGCCGCGCGUUUCCCGCUGGGAGCGUUCCCCCUGGUGGCAGAGCGCCUGGCCGGGCUGGGUGGGCGUCCCACGGCAGGCCUCGGAGUCCAGAUGGGGCAUCACGAGGGCACAGCAGAGGGGGACGGCCACCUCCCUGCCUGCUGCCGCCCCGCUCUUGAUAUAGCCCGGGACACCGUUGGCCUUUGGGGCUGCGAGAGCACGCUGCGACAGCCCCCAGAACGGCCCUCUAGGGGACACUCCUCAUCACCGGCCUCCACCUGGACACGGAGGCGUUGGCCACAGCCCUGUGGCCGCGGCCAUCCCACCGACUCAUUGCCCAGCCUUCACACCCGUGUUACUUCCUAUUUCAAGGCCGCCUAUUUCUUUGUUCGUCUCCACAAGAAGUGGAAAGCGUCAUCAACCGUCAUCGGACGGCACUGGGCUUGGCAAAGGGUUCAUCAAAGAACAAGCAUCGAUGCGCAGAGGGAGGCCCUGCUUCCGUCCCGGCCCCACAGGUCCCGGUCCCCUUGGCCCCAGCUCUGGGACACGCAACACCGGGGCCUGGUGGCUCCCUUUGGGGACGCGCGGGCACCGAGCCCCCCCCCGCGGGGCUGCGCGAGGGCAGAAGCGGAGCUCAGCCUCAUAUUUGGGCACAGCGCAUGUUAUUGGCGGCUGGGCCCCGUCAGGCGGCAGAUAACCCUGCUGAUAACGGCUGCGAGGGGCCUCCGCCGCCCCCAUUGGCUCCUGGCAGCGGGGGCUGCCUAUAUCUCCCCUCCCGCCCCGGGCUGCGCGCCGGGUUCUGUGGGGCAGGAUGGAGCCCGGCAGGGUGCUGGGGCUGCUGCUCUGCGGGCUGAGCGCUGGGGUUGCGGCCGUGACGCGGCCCUCCCCGGCCCCGGCGACGUCCGGGUGGACGAGCGAGGCGGCCGUCCCUCUGCGGCUGGUGGACGGCGGCCAUCGCUGCGCCGGGCGGGUGGAAGUGAAGCACGAGGGCGAGUGGGGCUCCGUCUGCGCCUACGACUUCGACUGGGACGCCCGCGGGGCCGGCGUGGUGUGCCGGCAGCUGGGCUGCGGAGCUGCGGUCAGGGCAUCCCCGUUCGCCCCGUUCGGGCAGGGCGAGGGACGCAUCUGGCUGCACCCCUUCAACUGCCGAGGAACGGAGGCGGCCCUGCAGGACUGCUACAACUUCGGCUGGGGCCGGCACUUCUGCGGCCACGAGUGGGACGUGGGGGUGACCUGCGCAGAGGCGCUGGAGCUGCGGCUGGCGGCCGGCGGGGGACCCUGCGCGGGGAGAGUGGAGGUGAAGCUGCGGGGACGCUGGGGCACGGUGGCGGACGGCGCCUGGAGCGUGGAAGACGCCGAGGUGGUGUGCCGGCAGCUGGGCUGCGGCUCGGCGGCCGGCGCCUAUCACGGCUCCAAAUUUGGCCCGGCGGAAGGUCCCAUCAACCUGGUCGUAGUUCAGUGCCGGGGGGAUGAGCCCGCGCUUUGGAACUGCAGCAUUCAGGGCUGGGGGCCCUACGACGGCCAUCACGACCACGACGUCGCCGUGGUGUGCCAAGCCUACGCCGGCAUCCGACUGGCGGACGGCGGCUCGCCCUGCGCCGGGCGAGUGGAAGUGGAGGAGCGGGGAACGUGGAGGCCGCUGUGCGCCGAAUCUUGGGAGCUGCCCGACGCCCACGUCCUCUGCCGCCACCUGGGCUGCGGCCCGGCCGUCUCCGUUCACCCGGGGGGGCACUUCGGGGUGGGGAAGGGGCCGCCCGUGCGCUGCGACGAGGGGGCCCGCUCGCUCUGGCGCUGCCCGUCAGCGCCCUGGCUCCUGCAGUCCUGCGGCCCCGCCGGGGUCACCUACGUGGCCUGCGCUGAGGCUGGAAACGACGCGAACGCGGCCGGCAGCCCGGCCCCAGCUGUCACUGGCGGCGGCGUCCCGCUGCCGGUUGCUCCGGUGCCCGUGGUGCUGUGCGCGCUGCUGGGGACGCUGCUGAGCCUGGCCCUGGCCGCCCUGGCCCUGCAGGCGCGCCGCGCUCGGGCUCGGCGUGCAGGCCCCAGCCGGGACGCUGGCUCCGAAGCUGUGUACGAGGAGCUCGACUACAGCCAGGCGCCCGAGUGCCGAGAGGGGCUCAGCCGCGCAGGCUCUGUGCUGCAGGGCUCGGGGCUGCGGCUGUCACCUCACCUUGGGGACGAGGAGGAGGGGAUUGGCACCGCAGAGGCGCUGGGUGCAGAGUAUGACGAUGCCACGGCCGUGCCCGAGGAGACCCUGGGGGAAACGGGGUACGAUGACGUUGACAUCGGCGCCGCGGGGACAUCGCCGUGA